GGAGUGCGGUGCGGCGCAAUGGUGCUGAGGAACGGCGGUCGGCGGCGCGCGGAGCCGGGCGUGGACGGCGAGGCCGGCCGGGAUGAUGGCCCCUCGUCCUCAGUCUCAGCACUCAAGCGCCUGGAACGGAGUCAGUGGAUGGAUAAGAUGGAUUUACGGUUUGGAUUUGAGAGGCUAAAGGAGCCUGGUGAGAAGACAGGCUGGCUCAUCAACAUGCACCCUACUGAGAUUUUAGAUGAAGAUAAACGCUUAGUUAGUGCAGUGGAUUACUACUUUAUUCAAGAUGAUGGAAGCAGAUUUAAGGUGGCCUUGCCCUAUAAACCAUAUUUCUACAUUGCAACUAGAAAGGGUUGCGAGCGAGAGGUGUCAUCUUUUCUCACCAAGAAGUUUCAGGGUAAAAUUGCAAAAGCAGAGACUGUCCCCAAAGAGGACCUGGACUUGCCAAAUCACUUAGUGGGUUUGAAGAGAAAUUACAUCAAACUCUCCUUCCACACUGUGGAGGACCUUGUCAAGGUGAGGAAGGAGAUUUCCCCUGCUGUGAGAAAGAACCGGGAGCAGGAUCAUGCCAGUGACACGUACACAGCCAUGCUGUCCAGUGUUUUGCAAGGGGGUGGUGUAAUUACUGAUGAAGAGGAAACCUCUAAGAAGAUUGCUGACCAGUUGGACAACAUAGUGGACAUGCGCGAGUACGAUGUCCCCUACCACAUCCGCCUCUCCAUUGACCUGAAGAUCCACGUUGCUCAUUGGUACAAUGUCAGAUACCGAGGAAAUGCUUAUCCAGUGGAAAUUGCCCGCCGAGAUGACCUUGUAGAAAGACCUGACCCUGUGGUUUUGGCAUUUGACAUUGAGACGACCAAAUUGCCCCUCAAGUUUCCUGAUGCGGAGACAGACCAGAUUAUGAUGAUUUCCUACAUGAUUGAUGGCCAGGGCUACCUCAUCACUAACAGGGAGAUCGUUUCAGAAGAUAUCGAGGAUUUUGAGUUCACCCCUAAGCCAGAGUAUGAAGGGCCCUUUUGUGUCUUCAAUGAGCCCGAUGAGGUCCAUCUAAUCCAGAGGUGGUUUGAGCACGUCCAGGAGACCAAGCCCACUGUCAUGGUCACCUACAAUGGGGACUUUUUUGACUGGCCAUUUGUGGAGGCCAGAGCGGCAGCUCACGGCCUGAGCAUGUACCAGGAGAUAGGCUUCCAGAAGGACAGCCAGGGGGAAUACAAGGCACCCCAGUGCAUCCACAUGGACUGUCUCAGGUGGGUGAAGCGGGACAGUUACCUUCCUGUGGGCAGUCAUAACCUCAAGGCAGCCGCCAAGGCCAAGCUGGGCUAUGACCCUGUGGAGCUGGACCCUGAGGACAUGUGCCGCAUGGCCACCGAGCAGCCCCAGACUCUGGCCACGUAUUCAGUGUCUGACGCUGUUGCCACUUACUACCUGUACAUGAAGUACGUCCAUCCCUUCAUAUUUGCGCUGUGCACCAUUAUUCCCAUGGAACCUGAUGAGGUGCUGCGGAAGGGCUCUGGCACACUGUGUGAGGCCUUGCUGAUGGUACAGGCCUUCCAUGCCAACAUCAUCUUCCCCAAUAAGCAGGAGCAGGAGUUCAACAAGAUGACAGAUGACGGCCAUGUGCUGGAUGCUGAGACCUAUGUGGGGGGCCAUGUGGAGGCCCUUGAGUCUGGUGUCUUCCGCAGUGACAUCCCCUGCCGGUUUAGGAUGAAUCCUGCUGCCUUUGUCUUCCUGCUACAGCACGUAGAGAAGACCAUGCGCCAUGCCAUCGAAGAAGAGGAGAAGGUGCCUGUGGAGCAAGUCACCAACUUUGAAGAGGUGUGUGAUCAGAUCAAGACAAAGCUCACUUCCCUGAAGGAGGUUCCUAACCGAAUUGAGUGUCCCCUCAUCUACCACCUGGAUGUGGGGGCCAUGUACCCAAACAUCAUCCUGACAAACCGCCUGCAGCCCUCUGCCAUGGUGGACGAGGCCACCUGUGCCGCCUGUGACUUCAACAAGCCUGGAGCAAAUUGCCAGAGGAGGAUGGCCUGGCAGUGGAGGGGCGAGUUCAUGCCAGCCAGUCGCAGCGAAUACCAUCGGAUCCAGCACCAGCUGGAGUCAGAGAAAUUCCCCCCCUUGUUCCCAGAGGGGCCUGCUCGGGCCUUUCAUGAGCUGUCCCGUGAGGAGCAGGCUAAAUAUGAGAAGCGAAGGCUGGCAGACUACUGCCGCAAGGCCUACAAGAAGAUCCAUGUCACCAAGGUGGAGGAGCGCCUCACCACCAUUUGCCAGCGGGAGAACUCCUUCUAUGUGGACACAGUGCGUGCCUUCCGGGACAGGCGCUAUGAGUUCAAAGGACUGCACAAGGUAUGGAAGAAGAAGCUUGCAGCGGCUGUGGAGGCGGGCGAUGCAGCAGAGGUGAAGCGCUGCAGGAACAUGGAGGUCCUAUAUGACUCGUUGCAGCUGGCCCACAAAUGCAUCCUCAACUCCUUCUACGGCUACGUCAUGCGCAAGGGGGCGCGCUGGUACUCCAUGGAGAUGGCAGGCAUCGUCUGCUUCACGGGAGCCAGCAUCAUCACCCAGGCGCGUGAGCUCAUUGAACAGAUUGGGAGGCCCUUGGAGCUGGACACAGAUGGAAUAUGGUGCAUCCUGCCCAAUAGCUUCCCAGAAAAUUUUGUCAUCAAGACAACCAAUGUGAAGAAGCCCAAGGUGACCAUCUCCUACCCUGGGGCCAUGUUGAACAUCAUGGUUAAGGAAGGUUUCACCAACAACCAGUACCAAGAGCUGGCUGAUCCCUCAUCACUCACCUACGUCACCCGCUCAGAGAAUAGCAUCUUUUUUGAGGUUGAUGGACCCUACCUUGCCAUGAUCCUUCCAGCCUCCAAAGAGGAAGGGAAGAAGCUGAAGAAGAGGUAUGCUGUAUUCAAUGAAGAUGGUUCCCUGGCUGAACUAAAGGGCUUUGAGGUCAAGCGCCGUGGGGAGCUGCAGCUGAUUAAAAUCUUCCAGUCCUCAGUGUUUGAGGCCUUUCUCAAGGGCAGCACACUGGAAGAGGUGUAUGCCUCUGUGGCCAAGGUGGCUGACUACUGGCUGGACGUGCUGUACAGCAAAGCAGCUAACAUGCCUGACUCUGAGCUGUUUGAGCUGAUCUCUGAGAACCGUUCCAUGUCUCGGAAACUGGAAGAUUAUGGGGAGCAGAAGUCUACGUCCAUCAGCACCGCAAAGCGCCUGGCCGAGUUCCUGGGAGACCAGAUGGUCAAGGACGCAGGGCUGAGCUGCCGUUACAUCAUCUCCCGCAAACCUGAGGGCUCUCCUGUCACCGAGAGGGCCAUCCCACUUGCCAUUUUCCAAGCAGAGCCUACGGUGAGGAAACACUUUCUCCGGAAGUGGCUCAAGAGCUCUUCCCUUCAGGACUUUGAUAUUCGGACAAUUCUGGAUUGGGACUACUACAUCGAGCGGCUGGGAAGCGCCAUACAGAAGAUCAUCACAAUCCCUGCAGCUCUGCAGCAGGUGAAGAACCCAGUGCCACGCGUCAAACACCCUGACUGGCUGCACAGAAAGCUGCUGGAGAAGAAUGACAUCUACAAGCAGAAGAAGAUCAGUGAGCUCUUCGUCCUUGAGGGCAAGAGACAGGUUGUGACAGCCCAGGUCCUAGAAGGCAGCCCAAGGCCAGGGACUCCUGACAUGGAGGACUUCGGCCUUACAAGGCCACCCCACCCAGCAGUCCCCAUUGCUACAAAGAGGAAGCGAGUCCUUUGGGAGAGCCAGGAGGAGUCUCAGGAUCUGGAGCUGACUGUGCCCUGGCAGGAGAUCUUGGGGCAGCCCCCUGUACUCGGAACCACUCAGGAAGAGUGGCUGGUCUGGCUCCGGUUCCACAAGAAGAAGUGGCAGCUACAGGCACGACAGCGGCUCGCCCGCAGGAAGAGGCAGCGUCUGGAGUCAGCAGAGGGUGCUCCGAGGCCUGGGGCCAUUCGAGAAGGGCCUACCACAGGGCUGGGGAGCUUCCUGCGGAGAACGGCCCGCAGCAUCCUGGACCUUCCAUGGCAGAUCGUGCAGAUCAGUGAGACCAGCCAGCCUGGCCUGUUCCGGCUGUGGGCCAUCAUCAACAGUGACCUGCACUGCAUCAAGCUGAGCGUCCCCCGUGUGUUCUACGUGAACCAGCGAGUGGCCAAGGCCGAGGAGGGACCUUCAUAUCGUAAGGUGAAUCGAGUCCUUCCUCGUUCCAACGUGGUCUACAAUCUCUAUGAGUAUUCGGUGUCAGAGGACGUGUACCAGGAACAUAUCAACGAGAUCAAUACGGAGCUGUCAGCACCAGACAUUGAGGGCGUUUAUGAGACUCAGGUUCCAUUGUUGUUCCGAGCACUUGUGCAGCUGGGCUGUGUGUGUGUGGUCAAUAAACAGCUGGCGAGACACCUUUCAGGCUGGGAGGCAGACACCUUUGCUCUCGAGCACCUGGAGAUGCGAUCUCUGGCCCAGUACAGCUACCUGGAACCAGGAAGCAUCCGCCACAUCUACCUGUAUCACCACUCACAGGGCCACAAAGCACUCUUUGGGAUCUUCAUUCCCUCACAACGCAGAGCGUCUGUGUUCGUGUUGGACACUGUGCGCAGCAACCAGAUGCCCAGCCUCAGUGCCCUGUACUCAGCGGAGCAUAGCCUCCUGCUGGAAAAGGUGGGCCCUGAGCUCCUGCCGCCCCUCAAACACACCUUUGAAGUUCGGGCUGAAACCGACCUGAAGACUAUUUGCAGAGCCAUCCAGCGCUUCCUGCUCUCCUACAAGGAGGAGCGCCGGGGGCCCACACUCAUCGCCAUCCAGUCCAGCUGGGACCUGAAGCGGCUGGCUGCCGAAGUUCCCAUCUUGGAGGAAUUCCCACUGGUACCUGUCCGCGUGGCCGACAAGAUCAGCUAUGGAGUCCUGGACUGGCAGCGCCAUGGAGCCCGGCGCAUGAUCCGGCACUACCUCAACCUGGACACCUGUCUUUCACAGGCCUUCGAGAUGAGCAGGUACUUCCACAUUCCCGUUGGGAACCUGCCAGAAGACAUCUCCACCUUUGGCUCCGACCUCUUCUUUGCCCGCCACCUGCAACGACACAAUCACCUGCUCUGGCUGUCCCCAACAGCCCGCCCCGAUCUGGGUGGGAAGGAGGCUGAUGACAACCGCCUGGUCAUGGAGUUUGAUGACCAGGCCACAGUGGAGAUCAACAGCUCAGGCUGCUACUCUACAGUGUGUGUGGAGCUGGACGUACAGAACCUGGCGGUCAACACUAUCCUCCAGUCUCACCAUGUGAACGACAUGGAGGGCGCCGACAGCAUGGGUAUCAGCUUCGACGUGAUCCCGCAGGCCUCCCUGGAGGACAUGAUUACGGGCAACCAGGCUGCUAGUGCCCCAGCCAGCUAUGACGAGACAGCCCUGUGCUCCAGCACCUUCAGGAUCCUGAAGAGCAUGGUGGUGGGCUGGGUGAAAGAGAUCAUGCAGUACCACAAUGUCUACGCAGACAACCAGGUGGUGCACUUCUACCGCUGGCUCCGGUCGCCGUGCUCUCUGCUGCACGACCCCGCCCUGCACCGGACACUCCAUAACAUGAUGAAGAAGCUCUUCCUGCAGCUCAUCGCUGAGUUCAAGCGCCUGGGGUCAUCGGUCAUCUAUGCCAACUUCAAUCGCAUCAUCCUCUGUACAAAGAAGCGCCGGAUUGAAGAUGCCCUUGCCUAUGUAGAGUACAUCACCAACAGCAUCCACUCUAGAGAGAUCUUCCAUUCCCUAACAAUUUCUUUCUCUCGAUGCUGGGAGUUUCUUCUCUGGAUGGACCCAUCUAACUAUGGUGGAAUCAAAGGAAGAGUAUCAUCUGGUGUUCACUGUGGACAGAAAGACUCUGAGAGAGGGGGGCGAGCAGAGGACGAGCAGGAAAAUGAGGACGAUGGGGACGAAGAAACAGAAGAGGAGGAGGAUGUACAGGAAUCUGAUGUGGAGGAGUUACUGGAAAACAACUGGAACAUUUUGCAGUUUUUGCCUCAGGCAGCCUCUUGCCAAAGCUACUUCCUCAUGAUCGUUUCAGCGUACAUUGUGGCUGUGUACCAUAGCAUGAAGGACGAGCUGAGGCGCAGUGCCCCUGGGAGCACCCCCAUGAAGAGGAGGGGGUCCAGCCAGUUCUCCCAGGAGGCCGAGGGGGCAGCCGGAGCCCUUCCUGGAAUGAUCACCUUCUCUCAAGAUUACGUGGCAAAUGAACUCACUCAAAGCUUCUUCACCAUAACUCAGAAGAUUCAAAAGAAAGUCACAGGCUCUCGGAACUCAACUGAGCUCUCAGCGAUGUUUCCGCUCCUCCCUGGUUCUCACUUGUUGCUCAGUAACCCUGCUCUGGAGUUCAUCAAAUACGUAUGCAAGGUGCUGUCCCUGGACACGAACAUCACAAACCAGGUGAAUAAGCUGAACCGAGACCUGCUUCGCCUGGUGGACGUGGGUGAGUUCUCUGAGGAAGCCCAGUUCAGAGACCCCUGCCGCUCCUACGUGCUCCCCGAGGUCAUCUGCCACAGUUGUAAUUUCUGCCGAGACCUGGACCUCUGCAAAGACUCCUCCUUUUCCCAGGAUGGGGCUGUCCUACCACAGUGGCUCUGCUCCAACUGUCAGGUCGCCUACGACUUGUCUGCCAUUGAGAUGGCCCUGGUGGAAGCCCUGCAGAAGAAGCUGAUGGCCUUUACCCUGCAGGACCUGGUCUGCCUCAAGUGUCGUGGUGUGAAGGAGACCAACAUGCCCGUGUACUGCGGCUGCACAGGGGACUUCGCGCUCACCAUCCAGACACAGGUCUUCAUGGACCAGAUUGGAAUCUUCCGGAACAUUGCCCAGCACUAUGGCAUGACGUACCUCAUGGAGGCCCUGGAGUGGUUGCUGCAGAAGAAUCCUCGGUGGGGCCGUUAGAAGCCCAUGGAUGGGCUCAUGGGACACCAGGCAUCCUCAGAUCCAGAGAGGUCCACGUCCUCAGCUCCGAGUGACUGGGCCACUGACCACCUGACUUUCCAAACUUGUGACCACAGUGCAGGGAACAGGGGCAAGCCAAGGAAAACCAUUUUCGGGGCACUCAAAAGUGGCAUGAACUUGCAGGAGCAGAUGUCUCCAUCUUCGCCAGAGCCGCCACUGAGGCAGAUUGUGCUCUGAGAGGCGGCUGGAGGGUCCUGAGGGAUCUUUUCUCU